AUGGCGCACAUCGACCCGUUCUGUAUGCCUUCUGGUAUCCUCAGACUACAGCAGCACGGGCUAUGGAUAACGUACGUCGAGGCGCACCCUGGGCUGGUGAUGCGGCUCGAGGGUGCCUUGGAUGGUGGCGUUGGGCCUAUCGAUAAGUACGAACAAACAACGAACAACCCCACGAUCGCCGUUGUCUCCAGCAGCCCUGUGGUGUGCACCUCAAUGGAGAAGCACACGUGGCAGCCAGUCCACCUUCAAGGCUACGAGAACGUUCCUCGCCUCGACGGGACAGGCAACAAGCGCCCCCGAAUCCAUCUCACACCUACGCGGCUGUUAUCGCAACAUGCCAUCCCCUCACGGCGGCGAUGGUCGACGUGGGCACUGCCUGCCCUUGUGUCGCUUUGCAUUGUUGUCUUGUGGAACGCGUCGUGGCAGCCUACGGCAAGCCGCGAGCCCCAGCGGAAGUCGAACGGCCUGACGGACGUUGUUCAGUGGGACAAUUACACGCUCUUCCUGCAUGGCCAGCGCAUGUUCCUCCACUCCGGCGAGUUCCACACCUUCCGCCUGCCCGUGCCGGAGCUAUGGCUCGAUGUCUUCCAGAAAAUGGUGGCUGUCGGCUUCAACAGCGUCAGUGUAUACAUCCACAUGGGUCUGACGAACCCGUCUCGGGGCGUUAUGGACUUCGAUGACUGGCGCUCUCUGGAGGCCAUGUAUGACGCCGCAAAGCUCACAGGUCUCUUUGUUGUGCUACGUCCCGGGCCUUACAUCAAUGCAGAAACCACCGCUGGAGGCAUCUCGGCCUGGAUUACGGCCGAGACGCCCAGCGUUGUGCGCACUAACGCUACCGAUUGGUUCGAUGCUUAUGAGCCUUUCAUUGACGCCAUCAUCGAUGGAACCAAGGCUCACCAAGUUACCGAAGGCGGAGCUGUGCUAGCGAUACAAAUUGACAACGAAUACGAGCAGAACGAAGUGACCGGAGCCUACUUUGAGCGCCUCGAAGAACAGUACCGCAAGAACGGCAUCAUUGUACCGUUGACAUACAACGAUCCAAACAUGCGGAGAGCCUUCGUGAACGGGACUGGUGCCGUUGAUAUCUAUGGCAUGGACGCCUAUCCUCAGCGCUUUGAUUGUUCGCACCCGUCUGUGUGGAACCCGGUCGUGACCAACUACCAUCAGUAUCACUCUGAAGUCAACCCGAGCCAGCCGUGGUAUAUGCCCGAGUACCAAGCAGGCGCUUUCGACCCAUGGGGCGGUCCAGGAUACGAUGCCUGCUUCGAACUCACUGGGCCUGAGUUUGAAGACGUCUUCUACAAGCAGAAUUGGGCCGCCAACGCCAAACUUCUCUCGUACUACAUGUUUUACGGAGGCACCAAUUGGGGUGGCCUCGCGGAACCCGAUGUGUACACUAGCUACGACUACGGCUCGCCCAUGCGAGAGACUCGUCUACUCUCGAAAAAGUACGACGAGAUCAAGCGCCAAGGACUUUUCAUACGCUCGUCUCCUGAGUUCCGCAAGACCGAUUGGGUCGGGGACUCUAGCACUGGAGUUCCCGAGCUCUCACUGAGCAACGAUGCGGCGUUCGUCACGUACCUCCGCAACCCGGACAGUGGGACUGGCUUUUUCAUCGUGCGACAGGACAACUCCACCACCACUGAACCACUCUCCUUCCAAAUCACGGUACCUUGCCAUCAACCGAAUGGCCGCCUCACACUUCCCCUCACCCUCGAUGCGAUCGCUCUUGACGGCCGGCAGAGCAAAGUCAUCAUCACCAACUACCACUUUGGAAAGCACGGCCACCUCGUGUACACAACCGCCGAGGUCUUCUUCGCCGGCCGCAUCGGCGCCCGCGACGUCCUCUUCCUGCAGGGCCGCGCCACGCAAGCGCACGAGUUCUCCAUGACCCUCGUCGCCUCCCGCCGCCCCGGAAGCUCACCUCCGUUCGCCGACCCGCGCGUCCGACACCACGCCGCGGCCAUCAACGGGGCACCCACCGUCUUCACCGUGCUCCCCGGCACGACCGGGCUUGUGACGGUGUGGGAGUGCGCGGGUCAGCUCGUGCUGUACGCGGACGCGGACACCGCCGCGACGUUCUGGGCGCCGCACGUCCCCGCGCCGACAGCGAACACGGUCCCGGGGUGGGAGCACUUCUGGCAGUGGGGCACGAACGAGACCGUGCUCGUCGGCGGGCCGUACCUCGUCCGCAACGCGAGCGUCGAGCACGGCACGCUCAAGCUGAGGGGCGACCUGGAGAAGGAGGUGAUGCUGACGGUCAUUGCGCCGGAGGACGUGACGCGGGUGACGUGGAACGGGGACGCGGUUGACGUUUUGGCCGACCUCCAUGGCGCGAGCGCGGUCAGGACGGGAAAGCUCGCGAUGAAGGGAAGGGCGAGGGGAUUCGUCUUACCGGAGCUCAAAGGAUGGAAGUACCACGACAGCCUCCCGGAGAUCGAGAAGGACUUCGAUGACUCCGAGUGGAUCACUGCAAACAAGACCGUCACGUACAGCUAUCAGCAACCGCUCUUCGGCGAUGGUGCUGUACUGUAUGGUUGCGAUUAUGGAUUCUGCGAGAACACUGUGUUCCUCCGUGGACACUUCGACGCUAACGGGUCCGAGACCGGUGCAAAUCUGACGAUCUUCGGUGGCGAUUACUUUGCGGCGUCAGUAUGGAUCAACGACAAGUUCAUCGCCUCUGUCCAGAGCAGCACCGACCAUGCCAACUACAUAUUCACCUUCCCAGAGGGCUCGGUGGUUGCCGGAGAGGAGAACGUUCUUACAGUCCUCUACGACAACCAAGGCCUCGACGAGUCUGAGAACGAGAAGUCCGCGCGUGGAAUCGCUGGCUACGUCCUUGAAGGCGGCAAUUUCACCAUGUGGAAGGUCCAGGGCAAGGCCGGUGGAUACACGAACUACCCCGAUAAGCUCCGCGGCCUCCUCAACGAAGGCGGUCUUUACGCUGAGCGCCAGGGAUGGCAUCUCCCCGUCUUCGACACCUCCAGCUGGGACUCGCGCGAGCUCUCCGCCGGCCUCCCGGGUGGGACGGCUGGCGUUGGAUUCUUCGUGGCGACGUUCGAGCUCGACGUGCCCUCGGAGACGGACGUGCCGAUGAGCUUCCAAUUCGAGCCGGACGGGCAACCGUAUCGCGCGCUCCUGUUCGUUAAUGGGUGGCAGUACGGGAAGCGGAUCGCGAACGUCGGGCCGCAAACGCGGUUCCCGGUACCGCAGGGGAUUCUCAACUACAACGGGAAGAAUACUGUUGCGAUCGCGCUGUGGGCAACGAACAACACGGCGGUCUCUCCGGGCUUGGCGCUUGAGAUCGACGGCUGGUUGGAAGACCUCACCUGUCCCAUCGACCGCAAGACGCUCCGUGACUGUCUCUACUCCCGCACCUGGUACGAGCACGAGUGCGGCCGCACUUCCCGCGCCGCCUGCUUCGACGCGCUCGGCGCCCAAUUCAGCAUAGAUCCGCCCGAGCUCGAAGCGGCGUGGGCACAAGUCGUCGCGCAGCUCGCGCCGAGCGAGGAGAUGCUCGCGCUUGUGCGGGAGCUCCGCGCGCACUGGCCGGGCGUGCGCGUCUUCGGGGCGUUCAACGUCUCCCAAGCCGACUACGCUACUAUCUACGGCACCGGCGCCGAGUGGGACGUAUUCGACGCCGUGUUCACGUCGCACGAGCUGGGAAGCCGGAUGCCGAACCUGGGUUUCUUUCGGCGCGUGUUCGAGGGAGCUGGAGGUUGGCGAUUGGCGGCGCGCGACACGGUCUACGUGGGCCAUGAUGCGGACGACGUCGUCACGGCAAAGACAUUUGGCGCGCACGGGAUCUUGCUCACAGACGUCAAGACGGCGCGGAGGGAGCUGUGGAAUCUUGCGGGGGACCCAGUGAAACGCGGCCGGGAGUACCUACGCGCGAACGCUGGAAAGCUCGUGUGUGAAGUGGAUGGGUCGGAUGUCUCUGUCGUGGAGACUUUCUCCCAGCUACUGAUUCUGGAAGCAACGGGGGACAGGAGUCUCGUGACGCUCCAAGAGCCCGAUUGGUUCUGGAAUUUCUUCCCAGGUGGCAAGGGCGUAUUCACGAGCGAAAAAUACCCUGAUGACCUCGAUACGACCUCGCUCGGCCUAGUCGUACUGAAACGUUCCAAAGAGCAUGUGAACCCCAUCAUGGACGAAAUGCUCACCUUCCUCAGCGACGACGGUCUCCCCUACACCUAUUUCGACCGCGAGCGCCCUCGCGUAGACCCGGGGAUAGUCGUGAACAUCCUCCGCUUCUUCUACACGUACGGCCGCGGGCACGAGCUCCCCGACGCACUCGCAUUUAUCCGUCGCAUGCUCCUUCAUCGCGCCUACAUCGACGGUACGCGCUACUACUCCCGCGAAUGUUUCCUAUUCUUCGUCAGCCGCCUGCUCGACGCCGGGCACGAUGACGCGCACCUCCAGGGCGCCCUGCGCGACCUGUUCACGGCCCGCGUGCGCGAGAUCGUGGGCGGGCCCGGAGACGCGAUCGCGCUCGCGCUCCGGGUCGUGAUAUGCGCCAGGUUCGGGGUGAGGAACGAGGUGGACAUGCGCGCGCUGCUCCCGCGCCAGGAGGAGGACGGGGGAUGGGAGGUCGGCUGGAUGUACCACUACGGGAUCUCGAAGAUGAAGAUCGGGAACAGGGGUUACACGACUGCGAUGGCGCUCAAGGCGGUCGAGGAACUGGACAAGCUUAGGGAACGUGACGGCGCGUUGGACGAUGAGUUCUAG